AAUCGAUUUGGCUACCAGCUCUAGCUCAAUUUUGUAAAAAAACAAACUGUGAGACUUUUUGCCAUGACUUUAGCUCGUGCAAGCGGAGUCGUCCUGUAGAGUGUCCUUCAGCCCAGAGCCAGUCCCGAACCGGGCUCCAGUCGAUACCCGAUAUCCCCGAUUCCCGAUGAACGCUAACGGCAACGGUGGAGCAGGUGCAGGAGGGGCAGGUGGAGGAGGUCCGGGAGCAGGUCCUGGCGGCGGAGCAGCUGCUGCGGAUCAGGCGGGCGAAGCAGCCGGAGGAGCAGCAGGUGGCGGCGCUGGCGAUGGCCCUGCGAGUCCUCCCGAAAAUCCCAAUGGAAUCAGCGCCAGCACAUCGGAUAACCCGGCGAAUGGAGACAACUCCAACGAGGAUCAGGAGGCCAAGCGGCGGAAAUGUCGCGAAUCAGAGGAAGCCCAGGAUGGAGCCAGCACGAUGAUCGAUGCGAAUAGUGUGCUCAAUAAAAUCGCGAACCUCUACGCCGAACAGCUGAUGUCGGACAUAGUGCUCCUGGUGGACGGCAAGGAGUAUCCCGCCCACCGCGUUAUCCUGUGCGCCAGCAGCGACGUCUUUCAGGUGAUGCUCAUGAAUCCGGAGUGGAACGAAUGCAGCAAGCAUGUGAUCGAACUGCACGAGGAGGCCUGCUGCUCGGCGGUGUUCCCGCAGUUCAUCAAGUACCUGUAUGUGGGCCACAUCGAGGUCACGCUGCAGACGGUGAUGCCGAUGCUGGCGCUGAGCGACAAGUACAAUGUACGCGACUUAAUCGAUCUCUGCGUGGGCUACAUGAACAAGCACGUGGCCAAGGCGGCUACCAGCGGUUAUCUGGUCUCCUGGCUGCAAUACACGCUCUCCUUCUCGCCCACCCACAACGAUCUCACGGAGACGCUGAAGCGGUUUCUCAAAUGGAACCUCGAAAUGGUCGCCGAGUCGCGUGAUUUUGUGGAAAUGGAUCCGGCCAUAAUGCAACUGCUGCUGCAGCAGAACGAUCUGGUUGUCACCAGCGAGUACAAACUGUUCGCCAUUCUGCAGACGUGGCUGCUGCAUCGUCGCGAGCAGAUGGAGGCUACCGCUGGCGGCAGCUUCAUGGAGCUGAUCGAGCAGACAGUUUCCCACAUCCGCUUCGGCAUGAUGACGCCGCGCCAGCUGUCACACUUACUAAUGGACCCGCUGAUCGAGUACCAUAAGGAGUUCCUCGUCGAACGCAUUGCCAUCGGGAUGAGCUAUCAGUCGGGGCAGGAGGAUCGAGUACGAGAGGUGCGAGCCACCGAAUCGGGUGAGCUGCAGUUUACGCCGCGUCUCUACUGGAACGACACCUGGAGCGUCGACAUCGAUGUGCACAACUUUGACGCGAUAGAGGACUACAAGAACUAUGUGACCUGCUUCUUUUCGCAGCGCCACAUCGCCGAGACUGAGGAGGACGAUCCCUGCAUGACCUGGGAGAUAGAGUUUUUUCCUCGUGGCGUUAAGUACAACAAGGCCAAAAUGGUCUGGGGCGAGGACGUGCCAGGCUGCUCCUUGAACACAGUGCGCUUACGGGUUACCUGCAAGCAUCAAAACAUAGGCGAGGAGCGCUUUAAGAUCGCCGUGCUGAUCGUGGGUGUGCAGAACCAGAUUAUGCACAUCCGCACGGUUGUGGAGCGCACGGAGUACUUCUCGGAUACGUCGCGCGUGAUCAACCUGGACAACUUGCUGCCCUACGAGGAGCUGGAGCACACAUCGCCCUACUUGAGUCCCCACCUGACGGGCACGGCAAGGAACACACUAACUCUGCACGUGGUCAUCACGCCGAUGGGCUCCCACACCUGCCGGGAUACGCCGCCGUUUCAGUUCUAAGCACGGUGACCCGGCUUGUGGACACCCUGACUAUCGCACUCCGUACUUCCCGGCGCAUCUACAAGCACUUCACGCAUCCGCAGCCACCACUGUAUUUCACUCUUCCAUUCAAACUUUUGUGUGUAUGUAUAAAUCCAGAGCGACUGCGAUUCCCCUUGGGCUCUAUCCUUGCGAUCCUCACUGGCGGAAUGCUCCAUCCUGCUCGAUUACAUCCCGCAAUAUGUUUUGUUAUAAGUUUUUGUUUUAUAUUUUUCCUAUAAGUUAAGCACGCCGAAAGGAGUGAGUUCUUAGGCAGGGCCAUAGCCGCUGAGUGUGGAUCGCGGAUCGUUGAGCUUGGCCGCAGUGGACAUUAGGCCCAAUCGUGUGAGGAUCGUACUGUAUCAGCUGUACCGUUUUGCAGCUUAAACGCCAACUAUAGUGAACUUAGACUAUGGAAAGGAGAUUUUCUAAUAAACGUUGAUAUGUAAAAGACAAAACCAAAACCCCUUCCGACAUGGUUCAGAAAGAGAGGGCCGCGUUAGGCUAUUGCUAUCCCGUCUAUUUGCCAAUGUAUAAAGCAUCAGUUUUAAUGUUUUACAGCCGAUAGAUAUGUGAAUCCGCUUGUGUGUGCCCACUAAGAUUUUUGGAUCCCUUUACGAGUGUGUUUAUGGCAUGGGAUCAACCUGUCGCGUCUCGGGGGCCUAUCAUAAUGGGCUUUGCAGGGAGUGACUUGGCCAUAAUAUGCGCCUACAGUGCGGCUCUUCAAGUGCAGAUGUCGUGGAAAAUCGCCAGACAAAACGAAUAUAAAUCGGUCCAGGCUUCAGUCAUCAAUCGAAUUGAUUAAAUCUUGGCGUUAAUGUAGUUGUUAAAUAAAAUGUCUCUUCAAAAAUCA